AUGAUAAUCGGUGCCGAGUAUUACCUCGACCUGCUGCAGGAAGGAAGGUUCAGGCUCAGCGAGCACGGCCCAACAUUCCAAAACACCGGACGUAUUCCUAGUAGCUCGAUCUCCGUACCCGCCACAUCCACCGCGUUGUGUUCCAUGUCCGAUCUUCAAGAACAGCUCACUCGUUUCUGGGAUCUCGAGAGCUGUCAUCUAGCGAGUACCUAUUCCGUGGAAGAGUCCACAUGUGAGGAGUUGUUCAAGAAAACCACUAUACGCGACGUAGAUGGUCGUUUCAUCGUGAACCUGCCUAGGAAGGACCACGUAAUCGGUCAGGUAUGUAGCUCCAGAUCUGUGGCGGAACGGCGGUUCCUUAGUCUGGAGAAAAGGCUAUCGAACAACCCUCAGCUGAAGAAGCAGUACUGCGAGUUUAUGAGGGAGUACGUGACAAUGGGGCACAUGGAAAUGAUACGCGAAGAAGAUUUCUCUGGGGCGGCACACUACUUUUUGCCUCAUCACGCCGUCUUGAAGCCGGACAGCACAACAACAAAAUUGCGGGUAGUAUUUGAUGCUUCGUGCAAAACUUCGUCUGGUCUUUCGCUCAACGACGGGCUAAUGAUUGGCCCUGUGGUCCAGGACGACCUAAUCUCGAUUCAUGCUCGAUUCCGUCUGCACCGGAUCGGCAUUGUGGCCGAUGUUACAAAAAUGUAUCGGAUGAUCAAGAUGUGCCCACGUGAUCAAAAAUUGCAGCUGAUUUUGUGGAGGAACGACACCGACGAACCUAUCGAAGUGUUUCAGCUCACGACCGUUACGUACGGCACCGCUUCCGCUCCUUUUCUAGCUACACAUCCAGGCGCAGCAAAGGUGCUGCGGAAAGAUUUUUACGUCAACGAUAUGAUCACUGGAGUCGACAACCCCAAAGAAGGAAAAUGGCUGGUCGAAGACAUAAUCGCCCUCACAGACUGCGCUGGAUUCACACUACGCAAGUUGAACUCCAACUGUGAAAAAGUGCUAAGGGAGUUGCAGCCUGAUCGUUGUGAUCAUCGAGCGGAAUUCGAAAUGGACUCGUCACCUCCUAUUUCAACCGUGAAAACCUUGAGUCUCGUCUGGUGCACCAGAACUGACAAACUCCGUUUCAUCAUGCCCGAGUGGAAUACAACGUCGGUGGUUACAAAACGAGUUGUGAUUUCCGACGCGUCCAAGCUCUUCGAUCCAUUGGGUCUGAUAAGGCCAGUCGUCGCCGAAGCUAAAAUCUUUAUCCAGAUACUGUGGAAGCUGGAACUAAACUGGGAUGACCCGCUCCCAGAAAACCUUCAGGCCUUUUGGUUGAACUACAGACGGAAUCUUAGUUCUCUGGAAUCCAUUAGCAUUCCACGAUGGGUUGGGUAUACCCAAUAG